UAGCAGUGUGUAAUGUUUUCCUGGCUAACAUCAGCUGUGUGCAGCUUAGUUACAACACAAAUUUGCCGCUCCAUACUUCACGGUAACGGACUCACAGCCCGACCAAGAGGCUGACCGCGACCUGAGCUCUGAGUGAGGCUGCUGCACGUGACGUGGAAACAGAUGUUUCUGCCGAAAAAAGGAAACAUGCUGUGAAUAUUUGGGCUGUCGUUUCCUUCUCUGCUCGCUCUGCUGUUACUUUGUGUCUAAGAGAAAAAGUUUUUCCGUUAGUCUCUGUUUCAGGAGUAGUGUUUGACUGGGAUGAAAAAUGGUGUUCAUGUACAGGAGGCAGUGUGAAUCACAAGUUAUGGUCAGGAGCAGGACCUCUGCAGCUCUAAGCUGAUGUGCACAUGAAUGAUUUGUGUUUCCUCCGCAGGUGAAGGUAGAAAGUGUGUGUGAGCUGAUGUGAAUUGAGCAGCAUGGAUCAGUGUGAGGACAGAGAGGAGGGAGUCCCUCCCUCUAAAAGCACUCUGUGUGGGGAACAUGAGAGCCAGACCAAAGCUCAGAGGAAGAAACGUAGAAGAAGGAAACGUAAACCUGAAACAGAAACUGAACCUGGACCUCCACCCAGCUCUGUGUCCUUACAGAGUGACGAGUCGAAGGGCGAUGGUCGUCCUCCUGCAAAGAGGUCAAAGAUGGAGGCGUCUGUUAAGGAGCAGCUGCUGGGCAUGCUGGAUGAUUUAAGAAAAAAGGAGCUGAAACGUUUCCACUGGUACCUGCAGAAUGGACCGGGAGGUGAUUUCAGGACCAUCAAAAAGAGCCGCCUGGAGAAAGCAAGCAGAACGAGAACAGUGGAUCUCAUGGUGGGAACAUAUACUACUGACCAUGUGAUGGAGGUGGCGAGGUUGAUUUUAAAGAAGAUUAAAAAAAGGAACUCCCUCAGCCUCAUCACGUCCAUCAGAAUCAGAAGACUGAGCAGCUGUAACGUCUCAGAGGAAGGCUGUGAAAAUUUGUUGUCAGUGGUCAGCUCCCAGUCCUGUAGUCUGAGAGAGCUGGACCUGAGUACCAACAGCCUGAAGGCCUCAGCAGUAAAGCUUCUGUCUGCUGCAGUGGAGAGUCCACACGCCAAACUGAAUAUUCUGAGACUUAACAUCUGUGAACUCUCAGAGGAAAACUGUGAAGCUCUGUCCUCAGUUCUCAGCUCACAGUCCUCUAGUCUGACAGAGCUGGACCUGAGUAUCAGAAAGCUGCAGGAUUCAGGAGUGAAGCUUCUGUCUGCUGGACUACAAAGUUUAAACUGUAAACUAAAUACUCUGAGGUCAGAUCAGAUUUUUUAG